UUACCCCUCGACUCCCUGUGAACUUUUGUGAGAGUCUUAUCCCCCCGUUUUAUUUUAACUAGGUUUUAGUAGUUUUUGAACGUAGAGUGCACGCUCUCGCCAGCACACUUCCUGUAUAGCCAUCGCAGAAACUCCAUCUUGAAAUAAAUCCUAUAAAUUUCAGAAGUGGGAUGGCGGAAAUUAGUUGUGUGAAAACAAAUUAAGUAUCUAUGUAAAUAUCCCGCGACGGCAGUCCGAACGAAAGUAUAAAGCGAAUAACGGACGAUACGAGAUAACGAACAAAAAACGAAAUCAUCGGGUUACGAUAUUUCACCGGUGAAACGCCAUUUUGGAACGGAUGCCGAAGAUUAAACGGCGACGAAACGCGACUGACGAACGAGAGGACGAGGCGAAAAGUAAGCAGGAAAACAGCUGCCAAGAAGGAGACAACAGCUCACAGACGGAAAUCACGGAUAAUAGGAGAAUGUCACUGUUUCCAGUUCCUCAAACAACGCAAGAGGCAAGAGCUGCGCGUCCACUUCAUCCGGAAGAAAUAAAAGCAUUAAUCAGCGAGUUUGACGGAUCGUACGACGCUGCAAUUUGGAUACGGAAAGUGAAACAUUAUCAGAAAUUAUAUGGAUGGACGGAUAACGCUACUCUAUUGUAUGCAACAACAAGAUUGUUUGGCCCUGCGAAGUUGUGGUACAAUUCAGUGGAAGAAAAAAUAUUCGGUUUUCAUGGAUUCAGAGUGAUGUUGCUAACUACCUUCCCGAACUAUCACGAUGAAGCGGACAUUCACCGGGAGCUAAUGACUGUAAUGAAGAGACAGCAAGAAACGUAUGACAAUUAUGUAUUCCGUGUCCAGAAUAUUGCCAGUAAGGGACGAGUCUCGGAAAUAUCGGUGAUGAAGUACAUCAUCAGUGGCCUAUCCCGUGACAGGUUAUACAAUCAGUUUGCAGCGAAUGAGUACAACACAGUUUACAGCCUGCUGAAACGGAUAAAGUGGUGUGAAUCAAAUUUCCAGUUGAAAAAGGCGGACACAGCAGGAGCGAGUGCAAUACGUCAGCCGAUACGUUAUUUCGAAUCGGGUGUUAAAGCAGGAACAAAUUCAUCUACUGUGGGACCAUCCGAUUUCAUCUGUUUCAAUUUUCGUGUUUGAAGGUGGGACACAAUGCGGAACAGUGCUUCAAGUCAUUGGACAAGGGAAAGUCAGUUGUACACAAACCAGCGGUUGCGAUGAUUGACACUAAUGAAGGAAAGUCAACCAUAACGAAUCGGGUACCCAACGAGAUGAUCGACACUGACGAAGAUGGGAUGAUGAGAUGUGAUGCUAUUAUCGGUCGACGAUUGAAGCAGCUGAAAUUGCUGGUGGAUUCCGGUAGCGCAGUGAGUCUAAUAAAACAAUCUGAGCUUGCAAAUUUGAUUAAGAUAGAUAGUGAAAUAGGGAACCACAGCAUAGACAUUUCAGGCAUCAAUGAAUCAAAAGUGAAGAUUUUAGGCAGGAUGGAAACAAAAGUUGUCGUUAAGGGUACAAUGGUGUUUGAUGUUUCGUUUUGGGUUGUAGCUAAUGAAACUAUGGGAGUCAGUGCUAUUCUGGGUCGAGAUUUUCUUAGACGGAAUAACAUAACUGUGAUUCGUUUCGAAAAACCUGAAGCAGCAACCAUAAGUGAAAAGAUCGAUUCUAACCUGCUAAAGCAAGCGUUCGGUGACUGUUUGCCAGUAAUGGUUGACUAUGAAAACAUUAAUUUGAGUGUGGGUGAUAAUGAUGAAACCAUCCGAUACGGAGUGCGAGUUAACUCAGAUUUCAAAACUUUUUAUCGAGAAAAGAAACCAGACGUUGAGA